AUGAAGAAUGAUGGUUUACGUCGUUUACCACCUCCACCUUUAUUUGCAAUUCGUCCACCUCCAAAACCAUCUGGAUCUUUAUUUGAAAAUUUUCAAACAGUUGAAAUAUUAAAUGGUCGAUGUGUAAGACCAUCAUUGAAAAUUCUUAGUUAUUCUUCAUCACCAACAAUUCUUCAAAAAUAUGAAGAAUCACCAAUCAAUUGGUUAAAUAUUUUUCUUUUAAUUCUGGCUGUAAUUAGUGUUAUUUGUUGUAUUAUUAUUGCAAUAUCUAUUUUUAUUUGUCUUAAAAAAUUAAGAAAAGAAGAAAAACAAUAUCAAAAUUAUAUUAUGUCUGCUUCAGUAUCAUCAAAAUCUCAUCAUUAUCGUCGUCAUUGUACAAGAACAAGUGAACAUUACAAGUGCACAUCACAUACAUGCAAUUGUUGUGAUGAUUAUUAUUCUCAUCAAUUGAUGCCAAUGGGAAAUAUUUGCUCUCAGAAUGUUAUGAAAUUAAGUGAAACUCAACAAAUUUCCUCAACAGAAAUGAUUACUAAUGGUCAUGAUACACCAGUAAAUCAUCAAUAUGAAUGUAUACCGGAAUAUUUAUUAACAAUGAAUCAUCGUCAUCAGUCUCCAAUAGGUUGUCAUCAUUCACAGCAAUUAUAUCAACAAACGAGUAUACCUUAUAGUAACUUUUCUCGAUCAUAUCUUACACCUCAACCAGUUACAACAACAACAGCAACAACGAGUACGAGUGAUAAUAGUCAAUGUACAUGUUCACCACUCCCACCAAGAUUACCAUCGUUAAAACUUCCACAAGAAGAAUCAUCAACACCUCUACUUGCUUCAUCUGUACGAAAAGAAUCUCGUAAUACUAAAGAACUAUCAUCAAGAAAAUCAUUGAUUAUUGGUUGGACAAGACGACAUCCAUCUUCGUCAACAAAACAAAAAUCAACUGACCAACGAUAUAGUUUUCUAUCUCAAUUACGUAAAUCAUCAAUAUUAUAA